AGACAGCGCCAUCUACUGGUGAAAUGGUAGAAUCUCUCAUUGCCCAGCUAAACACAGUGUAAUAGUCAAAUUUACACUAAAUGGUGAGUUUUCCAGUUUUUAGGUGAUUGUUUAGUGUAACCCCCUCUGAGGACAUCCAAAGUCUAUCAUGGCCCAUUUUCUUUGGAAAUAUUAACCGGAAUUCGUCCUAUUAUAGAGGAUGUAGGUGAAAGUGAAACUAACAUGAAGUGGGAGUUGUAGGGGAAAACCAUUCAUCUCACCUUUACUGUCUUCGUGAGACAACAGCAAAGAAGAGCAGAAGCUGAGAAGAACAAGAAAACAGACAAAGAUGACUGACUUUUCUACAAUCUACAAACUCAGUGUGGUGGCUAUCAUCUACCUAAUCCAAGGUAACGAACUGCAAGGCUAAUAUCUGCUGGUUUAACUAAAUUAUAAGUAUAUGCUGUAAAGCGAUGCUUAACAAACAGAAAUCGAGCUGCUUCAUGCUUAUUUGAUUUCCUGUGCAAACUAAGGACGCGUUUUCUCGUGUUACGAAGAAACCCAAACUCCAUGAAAAGCACGGCGUAGUUGAAGUUAUUGAGCCGAUUGCAAAGCAUGACAAUACUUGAAAACAUUAAAUAGUUUGUUUUACCUGGGAAUUUCUUCACACCUUGGAGUCUUUAAUAAGAAUCAGCUGUCAGUUUAAAUAUGACUAGAUUAGGAUUCUCGCGUAUAAACGACUUCGACAGCACUUUGAAUUUCAGGCUGUUAAGAUUAAACAAGACAAGAGUUUAUAUUAGCCUGUCGGCCGAUUCUAAGACUUGACACAGUUACGUUUAAAAAUCGUAAAUUUUAUCAGCUAACUGUCAUAUAUACUUCUUAUUUAGGAAUAAUUUAAAUACUGUAUACUUCUAAAUGAAGUUUGGUGUGUAGCGUUCAGUGCGACAGUGCCCUCUGGUGGUCGAAACUGAAAGCGAAACGAUCAAAUUUUGUUGCUUCUCUUUUGAUCUAACAAAUAAAAUAGUCAUAAAAAGGGCAAUACAGGCAUAAAACUUUAACAGACUAACGAUUAAUGAUUUAUUUCCCUUAGGAACUGAGUUCAGAGUCUCAAAAAAUCAGGUUAAGAGAGGAUAUUAAACUUUGAUAAGGGGUGACAGGAACAGUCAGCCUCAAAAUGUUUCCCCUAAACCCUAAUAAAAGUGCAAUUUUAACUGUCAGGGUUUAAUCCUGCCAAGGUCUUACAUCACAGCAUUUCGCAUAUCUUGUAACACUGGAGAGAACAUGGAUUAUAUUGUAAUAUGAUUGCUCUAUUAUGCAAAAUGUUUGUCGUAGUUUUCUUCACAUUUAUUGCAAAUUUCUUGAUAAAUCUGUUGUGUGCAGCUUGCAGCAGCAGCUGUCCAGUGUUGGAUUGCUGGUAUGUGCAGGAGAAGUCGGGUCGAGGAGGUUUAACUGCAGCAACAACCCAGGAAAAAUCGCUCAUAUACAUCAGCACAGAUGAGCACAGACACACAGCAGAGUCUCAAAGAACUCCAUCCGAUGUCAAUCAUGACAGAGUCUACUUUUUUAAUGGUGAGUGCAUCAUUUUCACAGGAAUGUGUAAACGCACUGAUAUCUACUUCAAAAUUUCUGUUUAUGUGAGGUCACAUUCAGCAUUGUAAGUAAGUGUCGUUCAUUUACACUCUGCAGUGUAGAGAGAGAAAAUAUCAUCACAGAUUGUGCAUUUGCAAGUCAUUAUAUUCCAUUAAAUUAGUUUUAAACUUGACUCAAUCCUGCUUUUGUGCACAUUUAUCUGAUUUGAGACUUGUGACUGAGAAGGCACUUGUCUUACGAGAUUCAUAAGCUGCGUUGUGAAUCUCAUAAUCAUGUCUUUGAGAAUUUUAUUUGAAAACUUUUGAACUAAUCCAAACUUAGAGCUACUAGUAUCAAUCUCCUCACCAAAACUAUGUUCAUUAUCAGGUCAAAAUCAAGUUUACACCAGUCUAUUAAGCAUCUACUGUAAAACCAAUAGGUGUAACUGAUUGAUUGAUGUCUUACUUUUGAAAACAUCAUAUGAAAUAAAAGUAAACGGCAGCCGUGGAUUGGAAAAAAUAAAUAAAUCAUAAAGAAUUUUAAUUCUAUAAUAACGCACUAAUGUUUCCUUUCUCACUCCUCUUUCCUCAGACCCUGCCGGCACUCUCUGCCUGCCCUCUCUGAACCCACCAAAAGGCUCGGUCAAGAAGUCCCAGUGUGAGAUCAAUCCCUUCUUACCGCACCCCUCUGACCUUAGAUGGGUCGCUCCACUCACAGAUUCCACCAUGAGCCCUCUGUAUCUUCAAGCUGAUUGGUUCACAACAUCCCAUCAGGAUUUCAAACGUCAACUGACCAUUUCCAGCAUCACACGUGCUCCAACAGCAAGCAAAGAGCACAACGGUAACGAUUCCUAUCGCAGAAGAAAAGAGCACAUGACGGCGCUGUCUUUUCUUGUUUAUGCCUGACUCUGUCCUCUCUCUCUCUGUGUCCUCAGUGAUCCUCAGUGUGACCAGCAAAACACUCUCAGUUCAGUCCAGACUUGGGGAACCGGUGCUGCUAGACUGCGGCUUCUGGGUGGACCCCUCCUCGCCUCUCUCUGGGUCUGGUUUUGCCGUGGAGUGGCGCUACCAGUUCAGAGGGGAAGGACGGCUGGUUCUGGCUUAUGAUGGCAAGUCAGACCGCUUGGCUGACACUCGAGAAGAAGGGGCCAUGUUGGACUUCGAGGGUCUGCACGAGAAGGGAAAUGCCUCCCUGAUCCUGCAGGAGGCCAAAGUGCGUCACUCAGGGAUGUACAUCUGUACCGUGUAUCUGCCGUACGUUGUGGCUCAGGUGGCAGUGGAGCUGGAGAUUGUUGGUAAUGAAAAGAUCUUACUCAUCAUUUUUUAAAGCUAAAGCUGCUUUAUUUUUUAAAACCUCUGACCUGUCCUGUCAGAUACAGCCUCUUAUUAGUCAGCAUUUUCCAUCAAACACCUGUAAACUAAACUAAAUAAUCAACCUGAUUAUCCGUGAAUCGUCUCUGAUUGUCUUUCAUUCUUUUCUUUAAUUCCUCUCUUUUUUCUCCCUCUACCUAGAACCUCCAUCCCUCUCCAUCUACCCCUCACCUCUGCCUCUUGUUGUUCCCGGCCAGACUGUGGUCAUUCAGUGUGAAGCGUCUGGUUUUGCCCCCCUUCCCCUGGAACUGAGCUGGGAGUUUAAAGGUGCAGAUGGGAAGUCCAGGUCUCUGGGAUCAGGCAGUGUAACAGGCCACAGGCAGGCCUGGGAUGGGACCUACGGCCAGAGCACUAAGCUGGAGCUCAACACAGCAAACAUGGACCUGGGCCGAGGAGGCGAGGUCACCUGUGUGGCUGAACAUCUUGGAGGCACACAGAGGGCCAGCUCGAACCUCAGUGUCAUCGGUAAAGUAGAAAAAAUUUAUCAAGCUCUCCUGGUGACAAAGUACACAUGGAAAGUUAAUGAUCUUUGAAAGUCAACAGGUUAUAAUUUUUAGCCAAGUAAGAAAGAAAAAGUGAAGGGCCUUGUGAAGCUGUUGAUUAAUGAAUAAGUACAGAAAGAUGAAAAGGUGUAAUGCAUUUAAAGAGCAGAUAUAAAUAUAGAUCAUGACACCCACUUCAGCAUUUGAUUAAAUGUAGUAUUUGUGGUACACACAAUACAUGAUAAAUGUAAAAUACAUUGUUGUAUGUCAUGGUGAUCCCAUAAGACUUGAAUUCUGUCUUUUGUCCUUAAAGGAUUUAGUGUCCCCUCCAUUGAGGACUCAAUGGCGAUGGUUGGUGUGGCUCUGGUGCUCUAUGGUCUCAUCAAGUUUGUCUCUUGGACCUUCAUCAGCUCAGGUAGCAAAAAUACUGAAAAAAAACUUUGAAAAAAUAUUAUACCUCUUUUUUGUUUUAAUGAAUUGUAGCACAUGAGAAGAAUAAAAACUAUUUCACCAUUUUGAUAUAACAGAAGAAAACAUUAAAAUUUGCAAAAAGAGAAAAAAAAUGUUAACGCUGAUGUGUGUAUUUUUUCUUUGUGUCUUUUCCGUCACUGUGCGUAGGCUCAGGAGAGGCAGAUAAACAAGAGAAGGUAAGGUUACUUUUUGAAACGAUAAUACACAAAAUGUGCUAUUCAGAGUGUUUUAUGUGAAUGUUCCACUUUCUACUUCUGCUUUAUGAUCAUACCUGCUUAUUUAAUUAACAAAUGUCCACUUCAUCCUCUUUUAGAAAGACAAGUAAAGAAGAAUGAAGUCAGCUGUUGGUAAAUCAAAGAUCUGGUUGUUUUGGAUGUCAUGGACGUAGUUUUUAAAGUAACUGUCUUUUUCAGUCUUUUUUUAAAGCUGGUGUUGAUGCGUAUGAGUGUUCUUUAAUGGCUGUGUUGGUAAAACGUCCAGAAAUAAGUUUUCUUGAGUCUGUACUCACCCAGUACAUGAUCAUUUGUUGCUUUUUUUAUUGUUUUAUUUGCUAAGAGGAUGGCCAAGACUUUCUUUGUGUUAGAAGGGUUUAAAGGGUCUUUUUUUCUUUUUCUUUUUGUGUUAUUAAAUGUCCCUAAGUGAGUCAAUGUGAAGAAACAGAGGCCAAAAGAGAAUACUGUUGCUGUAAAUACAGAGAUAAUAUUAUGUGUGUAUAUUUUGAAAAUUUUCCCAUGUGUGUUUGUAUUUGUGUUUAUGUCUGUGUGCUUUUUUAAGUCAUGCUGGUGUUCUGAUCAGAUCAUUUAAUUAAUCCCAUAAUUUUCUAACUGGGAGGAAAUGUAAAUCAAUAAUGACAUUUGAAGGAAAUGGUUCAAACACAGCACUCAAAUCUGAUGGAUUAAAAAAUAAACUAAUCUGUUAAAAACACACUGCUCCAAGAUUUCCUUUUUGUUUGACAUGUCUUUAGCUUUUGGACAUGUUGGUGUUGUGCAGUGUUUAGAGAGUGAGAAGCUUACACAUCCGUGCAGAAAAAGAGAGUGUGUUGAUGUGAAAAUAUGACCCAGAGUUUUGAUUGAAAACGUUUUUGGUAUCUAAACAAGUUGGCCAAAGCCAUAGAUAUACAUAAGAAAGGCUACAUGACUCGAGGCGGAGUCACCGACGUCCCUUGACGGCGGCCAUCCUACUCGAGUAUACCAUUCUGGUACUAUGUAUGGUAGCUGACGGGAGGUGAGUAAUCUGCAUGAUCAAAAAUACUCUUAACUCACUGAAAUCUUGACAGAUUUACAAAUGGUUUUGUGUAUUACAGACUUCAAUAACGUGGCUAUGAAAGCCUUUUUUAUUUUUAAUUAUUUUCAUUUAUGUAUUUAUUUAGUCUAAGUGACGGUCUUUGUGGAUGUGCUUGUGUGUAUCAGCUGUCUAACUUGGCUAACAGACUCGCUGUGAGUGAGACCAAGUACAUAUUACAAAGUUGACCCAGUAAUUUUACAUCAGUUUAAGAGGCAGAAAUGCUCUUUUGUUUCAACAUAAUAUAAUCUGAAAUGGCGACUUGUGGCAGAAAUUUAUAUUGAAAAUUAAUAUUUAUAUAUAUUAUUAUAGUUAUCCCAAUGAUAGAAAUAUUACUAACAUAACGAACAUGGAAUGAUUAAAUGUAUUAUAUACAAAUGAUUCAAUAUAAAUGCCUUGUGUGUGUAGGCCUAUAGCUAUUGCUCAACUCUGUUUAAUGUUAAUUUAUAAAAAUCCAUCGUUAAAAUUAUUCUUGAGUAUUCUUACAAACCAAACCAUUCAAAAAUCGGUUUAAAAAUUAAGCAAUCUAUGGUUACUCACUUUUACAGACUUGCUUUUAUGUGAUACAGUCUUUAAUCUUUUAUCUCUUUUACCUCUAUUUUAUUUCAACUUACUGUCCUUUUAGCCUCUGUUUUACUUAUAAUCUUUUCUGAUUUAACCUUUAAGGCCUUUUAUUGAUUUUAUUGUUUUUCUCCUGCUCAUUUUUGUUAUUCCAUUUUAUCAUUACCAUUAUUAUUAUUAUUUUAUUAUGAUUUUAUUAUCAUUAUUAAUAUUGUCUUUUUAUAUUUACUAUCUAUUUCCUGCUUUCUACCCCCUCCCCCUUUUUUUACAUUUCUAUUUCUUACCUAUUUUAUGUUUUUAUUUUGGUCCUCAUGGUCUCAUUUUAUAAUGUAGGGUUCUUGUAUUUUCUGGGUUUCUAGGCCUUGUUUUUAACUGAGAUUUUGUUUUUUAUUUGAUUUUAUUUCCACGUGCUGAUGCUUUGCAACUGUUUGUCAAAGCACUUUGUAAAUUUCUGUUUUUAAAAGUGCUAAAAAAA